AUGAAGCCGAGGUCGGAUGGCGAGGAAACGAAAGACGUCAUCAGCGACCUUGAAAUCAUAGAAGCCACGAGGUCAACCAUAGAGGACCUUGACCCCAUUCAACUAGAUGACGAAAACCAUAGCAAGAAAGCUUUCAUCGACCAUAAACUCCAAGAUCCAGACAUGUCAGGUAUCCCAAAGGAGAUAGCAACUCAUAGGUUGAACGUCGACCCAUUUUACCCCCAGUGCCACAAAUUUUUUGGCAUACUCAAAAAGGACAAUGAACUCCAAUGGAAUGUCGAAUGCAUCAACGCCUUAAAAGAACUGAAGGCCUACCUGUCUUCACUACCGUUGCUCGCUAAGGCAGAACCUGGAGAACGCCUCCUUAUCUACUUGGCCGUGUCCGAUGUCGCAGUAACCCCACCUCGAGAAGUUAGCUCUGGCCUUGGUCAUAGUUCACGGAAGCUUAGACCUUAUUUCCAGUGCCACCCUAUCUCAGUGGUCACGACUUUUCCUUUAAGGAGUAUCUUGCACAAACCCGAACUAUCCGGUAGAUUGGCCAAGUGGGCCAUAGAGUUGAGCGAUCACGAUAUAACCUAUCAGCCGCGGACAGCGAUAAAGUUGCAAGUUCUUGCCGACUUCGUCGCCGACUUCAGAUCUGGAUUGGGACUUAUGCUCGAGGUCCCAAUAGGCGAAGUGAUUCGCCAAUCUAUAAGAUGCCCUAAUAUGACUAACAACGAGGCCGAGUAUGAGGCCGUGAUUGCAGGGUUAAAAUUAGCACUCAAAUACGGAGCACGGCGGGUCAUCCUUCAAUACGACUCGCAACUCGUUGUCAAUAAGCUCGAUCAAAUACCUCAAGCGCAGAACAUCGAAGCGGACGGCCUCGCCAAAUUAGCAGUGGCCACCAAAAGCAUAACCGGAGAGGGGGACAUGGUCACUCUCCUCCAUUCAUCGCUAAAGCAAAUUGAGGCAGCCAGGUACAACGUCGUCAAUAAUGACUUGUGCAAAAGAACAUUUGGUGGACCCCUAGCAAAGUGCUUAGGGCCAAAUCAAACAUGGCGUGCCCUCAAAGAAGUACACGAGGGCCACUAUAGUGCUCACACUGGAAACCGAGCUCUCAUUAGAUGCCUCAUACGGGCAAGCUACUAUUGGCCCACGAUGAAGAAGGAAGCCACCGACUUCGUCAAAAGCUGCGACAACGGUUCCCAGUUCACUGGAAAAAAGACCGCCGAGUUUUUCAAAAAAUGGCACAUCAAAAGAAUACUCUCCGCGCCAUAUCACCCUGCAGGCAAUAGUCAGGUGGAAUCCUCCAGCAAACCAAUAUUGAAUAUCAUGAAAAAGAAACUCGAAAAUGCCAAGGGACUGUGUCCGGAAGUGCUACCAAAAGUAUUAUGGGCAUAUCGCACCUCGCCAAAGAUGAGCACAUGGGAAACAUCAUACUCACUAGUGUAUGGGACUGAUGCAAUGAUACCAGUUGAGGUCGGGGAGCCCAGCCUGAGAUACUCAAAUGAAAGCUGGCCAAGCAAUGACGAGAACAGAAGGCAAAACCUCGAUAAAGUCAAAGAGCGAAGAGACAUGGCCUACAUAAGAAUGAUAGCUCAAAAACAGCAGGUAGAGCGGUACUACAACAAGAAAGCCAAAAUCAGGCCACUCAAAGUCGGGAACUACAUACUCAAAGCCAAAACACAAGCAAGCAAAGACCUACGAGAAGGUAAACUGGGAACCAAUUGGGAUGACCCAUACAAAAUCACAGCGGCAGCAAGCAAAGGGUCAUUCCAGCUAGAAACAAUGGAAGGAAAGUGCACCUUAGCUAUUGUGUGGGCUAAACCCCUGCCCCUACCACGGUCUCGACCGCAUCCUCGGUCUCCAAUGGCCCCAGCUCGUGGUACUGGUGGUCGUCCAUCCUGA